CCCCGCCGCAUGGCCUCCUGGGCGGAGGGCCGCGAGGUCCAGACAGGCAGAGGGCGGAGAUGGCGGCCGAGGUUCCGGAGGCCGAGGAGGACAGGUCGGCGGGCCCGGUGGCUGUCGCUGGUGGAACCCGAGCGCGACCUCCGGUUCCCGACAGCCCGCCGGCCACGGCCGGGCGCUGGGAGUGGGAGCGCGGGCGUCCGCGGCGCCGCCCGCCGGCCCCGAGCCCGCGCCGCGCCCCGGGCCGGCUCCCCAGCGACAGCCGCCUCUGGCCCAGCGUCGGGGAGCCCGGCCCCCGGGCGCGUGCGGGGCAGCGGCCGCGCCGGAGGAGCCGAGCCGCCCGGCCUCCGCGCGCGCCCCAGCCAACAGACAGACCCCGCCCCCUGGGGAGCGCUGGCUCCCUGCCGCGGCCUAUCCCGUUCCAGCCGUGCUGCCCAGGCGCAGCCUCUGUGGCUCCCUUGCAGGGCUCCUCUGUCAGAGCCCAUUUUCAGUAAGCAUCAGGGCACAUCUGCUGUGGUUCUGACAAGGCUGAGACUGUCUUGGGAAAUGUGCCUACCGUUUAGUGGCUGCAAGAGUCCGAGCCCAUGUGUGUGGAACAGUGUGAGGCAGGACCUGCUUGAGGUCCGAAAGCAACGGAAGCUGCUGCUGCUGCUUCAGAGUGCGUCUCCUGAGUUCCUUGUGAGAACAAGCCUGCUGGUGCUGGAGUCUCAAAGCUCCAGGCAUUGGGUGCACUGCUUUGGUAUUUGGAAGAUGAAACUGUGGGUCCUGAGGGAAAUGAUGGACCCUGUGGAUCUGAAUACUACACGUCUGGCUCCUCUCUUGACUCAGCCUCUUGUGCUGAGAUCUUCAAGAAACAAAAGCAUAUUGGAGAGCCUGGUAAUCUUCCCCAGAAGGAAUUAGAAAAUACCUCUACCUCAGAUUACUCCUCCUCUCUCUCUGACUACGAGAAUAGCGGAAUCACUGACUUACCUGAAGAUGUUCCUCGUGUUGGGGCCCUUGGGAUGACUCUGCCCCAGGUCUGGGAGGAGCGGGAAGCUUCCUCCUCCUCUCCCUCCUCCUCCUCUCCCUCCUCUUCCUC